AUGUACCCAGCUGGCGGAUCCACAGGAAUGAAGGGCUGUACAACGAGUUGCAUAAAUAACACAGAAUCAGUUUCACAGCAAAAAUAUGUUUGGAUUGAUCUUAAAGUAACCAAAACGCAAAGCUUUCUAACCUCUGGAUGGUUCUCUGCGUUUACGACAUCUAAAUGCGUGAGGGACGGAUUAUCGGGGAAAUUCUCGUCCGGCAAAUUCAGGAGGAUGUCAUCAUCCGAUGUUGUUGGGUCUUCGUCUUUCACCGCCAUCUGUUUGUUUGGACGCAUUGUUGCGAUCGUUUUGAGGAACGACUCCCUCCCCCACGGGAACUCUAAAAAAGCGUCUAUAUCAGACAGCAUUGAGACGUACUUCGGCGUUGGCUUGUGUACCUGGCUGCUCACGCAAAGGACCCCAUCCACACGGAGAAUGAGACACAGUCUCAGCUUCCGAUCAUCAUCCAUAUCCGUCUCAGUUUUCAGAGUGACAGAAAUAUCGGCAAUUGUCGUUCGGGAGUCAUUUCCUAUAUACUCCCGCCACCACCUGUCAGGCCCCUUCGAAACAGUAACUGCCGACACAAAAAGCGUGGAUGAGUUUGCACAAAAUGGGACAUCUGACGGCGGGAAAAUCCCAAAGCUUUCCAAAGCGGGAGUUUCGAAUUCUCUGAAACAACUCCGGCCUAUCUCUCAGCGUGUAUUUCACAAAAGCAAUCGUAUCUGCCUUCGAAUAGCAGUUCAACCGACGGUUCGGGAAGUGAUCUGUUUUAAGCAAUCGGGUCGGAAGCCGGGGAUCUUCCACAACAACAUCGCUUCCUCCUAUAACAAACGGAGAACAAGAAAACGAGAAGUUCUUACCUUCCAUAACAGCUCCAAUAAGGCGCAAGCUUCUCCGGCGACAGAUAAACUACAACAGACCAACAAACGGCACGAGUUGCUACCGACGAACCAACGGAAAUCGCGAGAUUCGUCUGCUUGCGAGAAGAGCAGGAAUCAACGGGGUCGAGAAUUCACGGAGACGACGGAGUUAGGGUUUCUCGGCGGUUCUGUUUUCACGGAUCGAAAGUAA